AUGUCUCGCGGCUCAGCCAUCCGGGAGCUCAUGAAGGCAUGCAUCGGCAAGCCUCGACUAGUCGCUGCCACCUCCGCAGCCUCUCAGCGUGAGGUCAUACAGCGUAUUCUAGAGCUGUCAGAUGUAGACAAGUUCGACAUGGUCCUUUUUGAUGAGGCCUCGCAAGCUACUGAGGCGUCGUUGAUGCUCAUCUUGACCACGGAAUGGUUCCUGGGUGUGGCGAUAGUUGUCUUGGGUGGAGAGCAUCUUCAACUUCUGUCCGUCGUCAAGUCCAAAGGUGAGAGCCGCGUCGGUAACAUUCUCAAGAUCUCGCGCCUUGAGCGCUUGAUCAAGGUCUACCACGACCGGCCCGUCAUCGAUCUCAUCUGCAGCUACCGUUGCCAGGUCCAGACAUGCAGACACGCCUCCGCGGGAUGA